AUGAUUGUGCGGUAUGCCGCCGUUUAUUUCCUCCUUCUCUUCUCGAGGGCCUACGUCACCGCCGCAGUGUCCGAAUACCGAAUCUCCCUCUCUAACUCGUCGUACCAGAUUUCCCCCAAGGCCAUCGUUUCCGAUGCAUGCGCCUCCUACUCUACCCUCGAUAAACUGAACACCAAGGUCAAACCCCUCGUCGACGACCUCACGAGAUCGACCGACUUCUUCUCACACUACCGUCUUAACCUUUUCCACAAGAAGUGCCCUUUCUGGAACGAUGAAAAUGGCAUGUGCGGCAACAUAGCCUGCGCUGUAGAGACACUCGAUAAUGAGGAGGACAUCCCCGAGGUCUGGAGGGCGAGCGAGCUCGGGAAGCUGGAAGGCCCGUUAGCAAAACACCCUCCUCGAAAAGUACAGGACGAGCGCCCCGAGCGGCCGCUACAAGGAAAGCUGGGGGAGGAGGUUGGCGAGAGCUGUGUGGUGGAGUACGACGACGAGUGUGACGAGCGAGACUACUGCGUUCCCGAAGACGAAAGCGCGAGCUCCAAGGGCGACUACGUCAGCCUCCUCCGCAAUCCUGAGCGAUUCACCGGAUACGCUGGCAUGGGCGCCGCCCAAGUCUGGGACGCCAUCUACCGCGAGAACUGUUUCCAGAAGAGCUCGUUCCCGCACUCAGCAUCCCUGGGACAGUCGCAGAUCAGCCACAAGGGCCCCGCGGCGCAAGACUUCCGUCAGAUCCUCGAGGCGGUUGGGCGCCAGCAGGCCCUGGAGCAGAUGCGCGAGACGCAGCCUAAUGCUCCAUUUGCGGCUCAGAACGGUCUCGAGGCUGGCGACGAGUGCUUGGAGAAGCGCGUCUUCUAUCGUGUCAUCUCCGGUAUGCACGCGAGCAUCAGCACCCACCUCUGCUGGGAUUUCCUCAAUCAGACCACCGGUCAAUGGACGCCCAACGUGGCAUGCUACCGCAGCCGUCUCCACACCCACCCCGAGCGGAUCAGCAACCUCUACUUCAACUACGCCCUCGUCACACGUGCUGUCGCCAAGCUCGGCCCCUACCUUCAGGGUCGCGAUUAUACCUUUUGUUCAGGUGACAUCGACCAGGACGCCGCAACGCGGUCCAAGAUCCUCGAGGUCACCGAGGGAGCGGCGAGCGUGUCCCAGAUCUUUGACGAGAGCCUCAUGUUUAAGAACGGUGAGGGCCCGUCGCUGAAGGAGGACUUCCGCAACCGCUUCCGCAAUGUUAGCCGCGUAAUGGACUGCGUCGGUUGUGACAAGUGUCGCCUCUGGGGCAAAUUGCAGACCAACGGCUACGGCACCGCGCUCAAGGUCCUCUUUGAGUUCGAUAAUGCCAGCGAAGACAUUCCCGUUCUGAAGCGCACCGAGCUCGUGGCCCUGUUCAACACGUACGCCCGGAUCAGUAGCUCCCUCGCGGCCAUUAAUAAGUUCCGUGCCAUGGUUGAUUCCGAGGAGGCCCUCGCCGCCGCGGUCACGUCGUCCAGCCCGAUUCCGGACCGGGCGAAGAAGCCGCACAACGUGGUGGUGACACCAGACGCGGAGGCCGCUAAAGCGGUUCCCGAAGAGGAAUACGGCGAGGACGAGCCUGUGAGAGAAGAGACCUUGUCGGAUAUGUUUGACGAAGAAUUUGGACGCAUUUACAAGGCCUUCAAGUUUGUCGUCCGCCGGUGGAUCGAGGCUCCUAAGACAAUCUUCAACGUUCUUCUCUUCGAGCUGCUGCGGUUCUAUCAGUUCUUUGUCGGUUUGCCUGUGACACCCAGAACCUGGCAUUUUGAGCGGCAUGUAGUGGAUGAGUUGUAG